ACAAGCGCAGGCACGGGGACACACACCCCACCCCCCAUCCAGCCUUGGAGGUUUUCCUCCUCCUCCACCUCACCUCAUCGCUUCGCCUCCCCCUCCUCCGCUCCCAGCCCAAAAGUUGCUUGCUUUUCCCAUUCCUCCCCGUCUCCUCUGGGUUUUGGGGGAGGAGUGCUUUCUUGUUGAGUAGGAGGCGGAGGAGUGCCUGCCUUUUGGUUGCCAUCUGCUUUGCCUCGAGGUUUAGCAGGUUUCUUGAGAGGUUUUAGGAGGUGAUUGGAGCCGAGUCAAAUGCGAGUGGAGUGAUGUGGGCCAUGGAAGACGAGGUGUUCGUGGCGGUGAGGCGCACGGAGCACGUCGAGGUCACCUCCCGGGCGGUGGAGGUGGCGGUGGCCAAGGGGAAGGAGACGGAUGGUGGUGCCGGGCCGAGGACGGUCAGGGUGUUUUGUGAUGACUACGACGCGACCGACUCGUCCGGGGAUGAGGAGGAGGAGGCCGCAGCGCGCCGGAGGGUGAAGCGCUACGUGCACGAGAUCCGCCUGGAGCCGGCGAUGAAGGAGGCGCCUGCCGUAAAAGUUGUCGCGUCGGCGGCGAAGCCGAGGGUGGUGGUCCCUGGCAGGAAGAGGAAGGCCGACGGCGCCGGCGGCGAGCCGCGGUUCCGCGGCGUGCGGCGACGGCCGUGGGGCAAGUACGCGGCGGAGAUCCGCGACCCGUGGCGGCGGGUGCGGGUGUGGCUCGGCACCUUCGACACUGCCGAGGAGGCCGCCAAGGUGUACGAUUCGGCGGCCAUCCAGCUGCGAGGCGCUGACGCCACCACCAACUUCGAGCAGGUCGACGACGCCGUCCCAGCCGAGGUCACCGAGCGCCUACCCCAGCCGCCGGCGGCUUCUAAGAUCGCUUCUUCCUCCGCCACCUCCUACGACUCCGGCGAGGAGUCCCACGUGGCGGCUGCGUCCCCGACCUCCGUCCUGCGGUCAUUCCCUCCGUCCGUUGCUGCCGCCACCGACGACACCUGCAAGAAACCGUCACCGCCUUCCCGCUCCCCGAUCCCGGAGACCGACGAGUCCAGUGGAGGCGUCUUCGGCUGCCCCUUCUCGGGCGACGGCUUCGCCGGCGAGUUCCCGCCCCUCUACACCGACUUCGAUCUUCUGGCCGACUUCCCGGAGCCCUCGUUGGACUUCCUCUCCGACCUUCCCGAGGAGCCAUUGGCCCUUCCGGCCUUCUCCACGGGCGGCGAGUGCUCGUCGGACCGGCAGCCGCCGGCGCCGGCGAAUUGGCUGCAGGUUGACGACUUCUUCCACGACAUCACCGACCUGUUCCAAAUCGACCCGCUCCCCCCCGGACAACUGUAAACACCGGAUUAGCGCCGUCUAAUUCGGCCAAUUUUGUUUGCGUUUCGUCGUCUUCUUUUACUUCUUCUAUUGUUUAGAGCGUAAGUUGUUAUCACUAGUGCUCGCCGGGCCAAGGAAGAAGAAGCCUUCGCCGGGGCGAGAUGAGAGGAGAGAUGCUGUUGGGUUCUUCGGUUAUGGAUGGUCUUUCCUGUUACCAUCAUCAAGUUAUCCGCCAUUAACUAUAUUAAGCUAUGAGUAAUUAGCGAUUCGUUUCCUUAAAAAUCUCUGUUUGUUGCUCCUUCGGGUCUCCAACGCAGCUCUUGGUUGCAGCGUCGCGACGCGUCCGGACGGCGGCGAUGUCUGGAGUCGUCGGUUCCCGAUACGGGC